AUGUUUAUUACAGUCGUUUAUGGGGAACAAGAGGAAGUGUUGUUUAACACCGAUUGCAAGCUCAAGCUGUUGUUAGAUUGUAUCAAAAAGCUGUGCAAGUGUGAAAUGCAAGCUGAAGUGGAUCUGUGUGAAGUAACCGGUCAUCCAAAAUAUCUACAACAUCAGCCUCAAGAAUCUUAUGCCACAAAUUUCUUAAAACCCAGAGGAAAAUACGUCCUAAUACAAAUGGAAAGGGAAAAUGGAAAAUCCUUUUACAAACCUCUUCUUAGGGAUAAAUCUAUUAUCACUGACCAUUUUCUAGCGAGCUUGGAAAAAGAUAUGGCAGAGAGAGAAGUGAGUCGUUCACCCGGCGCUGAUAGACUGCGAACGAAGAGAAAUUCACUUAAACCUGGGCGAACUGGUACAUCAGGAAAAACAAAACCGAGGGCGCUCUCGAUGAACAAGAAUUCUUAA